UGGGAGAACGCACGGCAGGGUUCAAUUCGAUAGCGCAGUAACAUCAUAAGAAUCUUUCACGAAGAAAGAGACCGAGAACGCUCAAGUCGACUCACUCAAGGGAAGCAGUUUGUUGGUUGCAAAUUUUGAUUCUGAACAGAAAAUGGCGCCGUCAUUAUCGUAUAUCCCCGAGCCCCACGAACAGGUACGCGAAGAGAAACAAUGACGAGACGAACCGAUUGUUGCAACGGUGCUGGAAUGUGGCUAUCGCACUUUGAAAUAUUGUAACAAUCAUACACCGAACUCACCGAGACAGGAAACCGUGUCUUCUUUGUUGAUGCAACUGCGUGUUUGCUGUUUGUCGCUUUGGAUGUCGCAUUGCACGUCCUGAACUUUGCCGCGGUCAUUUCGUAUGCCAUGUUGUAACUGGUAAAUUGUUGGUUUUUGCAAAUUUGGGACAACGACAAAAACACAAUCGCGUGCAAUUCGCUGCCAACCGCAACUMGGCUGAUUCGAUUCGUUUUUCAUGAUUUGGUCAGGCCUACUACCUGGCCCUCUUCCAGGCCGCCGAUGUUCAAAAGAACGGAAUCAUCAGCGGAGCCGAAGCCGUUCAGUUCUUUGGCCGCUCGAAGCUCCCCAUCGAGGUGCUGAAAAAUAUUUGGACGGUAGCCGACCAGCCCUCGACGAGCAGCCUGGACCACAAGAAAUUCGCCGUUGCCGUUCGGAUCAUCCAGCUGACCCAGAACGGUACCAAGGGAUCAGGGCCCACCCUCGCGGCACCCCCCGGUGUCCAACUGAAACCCGCCUUCUUCGAGGGACUGGCGCCACCGCAACAGCAGCAACAACAACCGCCACCACCGACCCCUCAGCAACCCCAGCGAGCCAUGCAGCCACCGCCGCAGCCGACGAAUAGUCCCCCGCGAACUAUGCAACAACAGCCGCAAGUCCCGCCUUCACCCAGCCGGGCACUGGUCGGCAUGGACCCGUAUUCGCUAUCGCCCCAGGAACGAUCCCGCUACGAGGGACUCUUUCCUCAGUAUGCCAAGACCGAGGCCGAUGGAGCAAUGUUUGUCUACGGAUCCGAGGCCGUCCCGCUUUUCAUGAAAUCCGGUGUUGAUCCCAACAGCCUGAGGGACAUUUGGAACAUGGUCGACCGAAAUCCCGUCGACAACCGACUCGACAAGCUCGAGUUUGCCCUGGCCAUGCACUUGAUUGUCUGCGUCAGCAAAAAGAACCUGCCGCUUCCGAAGGGAGGCACUUUGCCGAGUUCGCUGCAGGCCCUCAAGGUGGCAGCGGGGGGAAAUGCUGCUGCUGCUGCUGCUGCUGCUGCUGAAACCGAAGGUACCCAGAAAUCUUACACGUUGGGUGCCGCUGCUGCGGUUCCACCCGCAGCGCCCGCGGCCAUCCAGCCUUCGAAAUCAUUUGGAAUGGAAGGUCCGCCGCCCCUCGGGAGCGGUGCCAUGGGUGGGGUGAGCAUUUCCGACGCUUUUGAGGGACUCAGUACGGAACCGACCACUACAACUACACUCCCUUCGUAUGUGCCACAGGAACCUGCAGCAGCUCCCGUUGUUGUUGAGCCCCCCACCCCACAACCCGAGCCGAGCUAUGUCGUUCCGCCACAACCGGUGACGGCGGAGACUGUGGAACCCCCCACUCCGCAGCCCCAACCGAGCUACGUACAGCAGCCAGCACCAGUUGCGGAGCCAUCAAUGGCGGCCUCCACGACACCACCCGCACCAACACCGGCAGCUACGUACGAGGUGAGCAAUUCCCACCAGGAAGAACUCGAAAAGCUCAAGGUCGUCUUGCAGAAGCUCAAGGCCGAAAACAUUUCCCUCAAGUCCCAGCUAGGCAACAUGACAGAGGAGGAAAAGAAUGUCCAGCAAGAACUUGGACAGACUGUGGCGGAAAUAACUGCUCUCUCGUCCGAUCUUGGGGCACAGCGCCAGCAAGUGCUCGAGGCCAAAAAUCGUCUCCUAGAGGCCAGGGCCGAACUGAAAGCCCAACAGGGCACGAAGGGGUGAGUCUUGCUGCGUGGAUUACGCUUUACGAUGUCGUCUUGACAAUAACUUAAUAGUGGUUUUCGUUUGAUAAGUGACGAGCGUUAAAAAAUUGGCGUAUACAGCCACAACGACUUUUGUCGGCACCGAAGACUAAUGCGUUUAUUAUUGCUCCUCUUCCUUUAUUUCCUCUAUGGCUGACCCUGUUGGUUUGAACUCUGUCUGCACAGAGUUUUGACCGAACUCAUCUCGGAGGCCGAACAGACCAAGGAAGCCAUCGAAAGUGCAACGGAAACUCUCCAGUCCAACGCAGCAGCACCACCACCAACCAGCCAGCCUGUUGCAGGACCGGAAGUCGAUCUAUUUGGCACUAGUGCACCCGCAACCGCAGGAGUUCAAGAUUCCCAGGAACCCGAAGGAUUUAUGAACGAGCACACGAUACCUAAUGAGACGAAGAAUUUGCCCGCCGGAGUGCCCAGUAUGCCUGCCCCGUCCUCUGCGGAAAUUGCGGCUCCUGGCACGCCCACGCGCCCACCGCAGCCGAUGGAACAACAGCAACAAAUAGCACAAGCACCACCACCAGCAAUGUAUUCAAAUUAUGCUGCUCCUGCUCCUCCACAAGCACCCCAACCGGCUCCACCUCCUAUGCCAUCUCCGAUGCCCGAGCGUUCUCACGCGCGAGAGCAACAAUACCUGAGCCCUACCAAUCUCAACCGACCUCCAGUUCCGGGACAUUUCCGUCAAUCUUCGGGAUUUGACUCUGGCUUUCUCAUGGGAGGAUCGCCAACCGUAGUCUAUCCGGAUUCGGGAGCCCCCGACGCCGAUAACGUAUCGCAGGCGGCCUUCUCUCACGCGAGCACGGGAGAUUAUGGCUAUGACGAUCAAGCCUUUGAGGUUGUAGAGGGAAUGAAAAAGAGAGCAAAGGCAGCCGACGGGGUCGCACGGGAUGCCGAAGCAGCCUCUAGCAAGCUAGCUGCCGAAGCCGACGAGCUUCGUGCGGAUGCCGAUCGUGCGGAGGCCAAUUACCGAAGUCUCAUGGCGGCUGCCGAGGAGAAGAAAAAGGGGCGCUUCGGCGGAGGCAAGAAGAAAAAGAUGAUGGACGGAGCCGAACAAGCCGGUAAAGACGCUGCUGAAAUCAAGAAACACUUCAUGGAGAUCCAAGGUCGCGCUCUCGAGGCCGCAUCCGUGGCGGCCCAAACCAGAGAGGAAGCAGAUAAGCUUCUGGUCGAAGCGGAAGCAGCCGAGCUGAAAAUGGCAGCGGUUGCGUCCGCUCAGCAAAAGCAACCUGCACCAGCUCCUGUUCCAGCUCCGGCGCCCCCUCAGACGAAUGACUACUAUGGUGGCAAUAUGGCUGCCCCACCUAAAACUGGUGCGAUGCCGAUGCCUCAGUAUGGCCAAGCGAUGCCUGCACCUACUCCAAUGGUAGGAUACAACGGCUACAACGGCUACAACGCAAAUGGGGGUGCAGUCCCUGGUGAUGGUUACGGGCAACAACAACAUCAGAACUACGGACAAGCAUCACAACCUCCUGGACCAAUGGGCGCCAAUGGGGGCUACGAUAUGCCGCCCCCUGCAGCCUUUCAGCAAAUGCAACCGGCAACCGCUGCGCCGACAGCUGGCGGGGAGCUCUACGCGAACCCUUUUUGAUUUUUACUGAUGGAAAUGGUGCGUUAGAUUUAGUGAAUUUGGAGACAUGUGCUGCGAACGGCAUCUAAAAGUAGAGCAAUAUUAUUAUUUAACGAAGUUGCAUGUUGUUAUCAUUGUUUCGAAUGACCAUACGCUCUACUAGCGAUCGUCUACUUUGUUUGGGAAAAUAUGGAAAGCAAGCUUUUUGGUAAACAUUUUAUAGCACUUCCGAAUAACUAGGGUUAAUCUCG